AUGGACUUCACAACCCUAUUCAAGGGUAACCUCUCGGCCAUGGCCGAAAACAUGACUGGCGGGAGAUCUUACCCUGGCAACAACAAGAUGAUGGAAAGUUUGCUGCCUAUGCUCGGGGGGCAGUUCAACCCGGUCCUACGGUCACUGAUGCUCCUGUACCAGAUGAUCGGUUCCAACUUAGGACUCGAUCCGACCAUAGUCCUGACACUGGUUGGGUUCUUCUGGGCUGCCAACCGAGUUGUCCGUCAAGUAUACGGCGCCGUCUUUCGACUGAUUCAGGAAAACUUCAUGAGCAACAUUCACAUUACAAGCACGGACGAGAUUUACACGCAUAUGAUGAAGUGGUUGGCACUGCAACCGCUGAUGGCGAGCUCCCGCUCUUUGACGGCCGAAACCGUGAGUAAGACUGCUUGGGAAGAGGAAGAAGAGCUCGAGGCCCUGCAAACGAGGACCGUUGCUGGCAGUGGUGGUGGCGACGCCGAGUACCUUAACUUCUCCAACCAAGAAGCCAAAGCUCCCCCGAGAUAUGUUCCUGCAGUGGGCGUCCACGGUUUCUGGUACAAAGGCCGCUACUUUAGGCUUCAUCGAAAGCAACAGAGCGUUUUCGACGGAGAGGCGAACUAUGGGACGUUCAGAAAAGAGGAGGAUCUUAUUGUAUCGUGCUUUGGUCGGAGCCCAGAGCCUAUCAAGGAGCUCCUCCAGUUCGUCAAGGAGUUCUAUUACCAAGAUCACUACGCUCGCACGACGAUCAAACGCCCAAGCCCGGCGCCGAUGCGUCGGUACGGAGGGCGUUACAACUGGAGUCAGGUCGCCAACCGCCCUGUCCGGCCCAUGCGGACUGUUGUUCUCGACCCAAAGCAGAAGGCCCAAGUCCUUGCGGAUAUGAACGAAUACCUUCAUCCGGCCACUCCUCGCUGGUAUGCCAACAGGGGCAUACCCCUGAGACGCGGGUAUCUCUUCUACGGUCCACCGGGAACUGGAAAGACCUCACUAUCGUUUGCUUUAGCUGGCGUGUUUGGCCUCGACAUCUUUGUCAUCUCUCUGCUGGAGCCAACUCUAACAGAAGAAGAUCUCGGAACACUGUUUAAUUCAUUGCCCCGUCGAUGCGUGGUGCUGCUCGAGGAUAUCGACACGGCAGGUUUGAGCCGUUUGGACGAAGAAGUUGAUGCCGCCAUCUCCGAUGGCAAAAAUAACAAAGACUCUGAAGGCAACACAGGAGAAACCGGCAAGAAGUCCAACAAGGAUGAAUGGAAGGUAUCUGAUCUUGCACGCGCUCUGAAGAAAGAAUCCAAGGACGACAAAAAGGGAAUUUCGUUAUCUGGACUCCUGAACGCCAUUGAUGGUGUCGCAUCACAGGAGGGUCGCAUUCUGGUCAUGACGACAAACAAGCCCGAGUCUCUAGAUGAGGCUCUGAUUAGACCUGGCCGCGUCGAUCUCCAGGUCAGUUUCACCAACGCGACUCCUUCGCAAGCAACACAGCUCUUCCAUCGCAUGUACGAGGCGGAUGGUGCUUCUCCGGCCAAGCGCGCCGACGGGCAUCUCUCUCCACCCACGAACCCCGCGCCACCAGUUACAGCUGAAAGCGGCACGUAUUCAACAUCGUCUUCAUCGACUAUAUCCCCCACUUAUUCGUCCUUUUCUGAUACUCCCCUGCCGUCGGAGGCUGCUGCAGAGGCCGAGAAGGAGCACCAGUUCGACGUCGAAGAGCUGAGGCGGAUCGCAGCCGAGUUUGGCGCGCUAAUCCCCGAUGGACUGUUCAGUCCUGCCGAGAUCCAGGGUUUCUUGCUCAAACGCAAGAAGGAUCCCAGGCGGGCGCUGAAGGAGACUUCCGAGUGGGUCGAGGGAAUGAGGCUACAAAAGGAGAACAAGUCCAAGGUGCUCAAGGUGCAGUGA